AUGGCUCCUGGUAGUGGACGCGACUUCAACUGCUCUUGGGAGCAUUGUGGCAAGUCUUUCAAUCGCAAGUCAGAUCUCUGUCGCCAUUAUCGCAUCCACACCAAUGAGCGACCAUAUCACUGCACUGUCAAGGACUGCAACAAGAGCUUCAUCCAGCGCAGCGCUCUGACCGUGCAUUCACGAACUCACACCGGCGAAAAGCCUCAUGUCUGUGACCAUGAGGGGUGCCAGAAGGCAUUCUCAGAUUCCUCGAGUUUAGCCCGUCAUCGUCGAAUCCACACGGGCAAGCGACCAUAUAUUUGCCAGGAACCGACCUGCGAGCGAAGUUUCUGUCGCAAGACCACCCUGACGAAACACCAACACCGUUCGCACCCCCCGGGCUCCUUGACCCGACCAUCCUCGGAAGACGCUGCCUCGGAGCAUUCGUAUCAACACCCGACCCCGGUGACAGUGUCAAUACCGAACGCACACGAACAGUAUCUCCUCGCGCAGCAGCCAUACUAUCCGAACUCCGCAACACCCAACCACGAGUUCUACUCUCCUCAAAGCGUCCCGAUGGGCCAGGUACCCGGCCAGGUACCGGUGCACCAAAACGCGCCGAUCGUGACGCAGAACGUCCCCGUCACAUCCGCGAUGAACAUGACACACGCGCAGCACCCGCAACAACACCAUCACCACCAACCGGCGCAUCCGCAGCAACACCCGCAACAGCAACAUCAACACCAGCAGCAGUAUAUGCAGAUGUUACAGCCGCGCUACGAUCCGAGCCCGCGCAGCAACUACAUGCCGCCCGAGUAUCACCAACCGCCGUUCUCGGGCCACCAGCUGCCAGAUGGACAGCCCAUGAUGGUGGGAUACCAUCCCAAUUUCCAGUACAAACCCCCUACUGCCCGGAUUUUGAAUCAAGCGGAGGGGACUGACUGGGGUUUUCUGGGCGUAGGUUAA